CACACUCGCAUUUCUCAUUUCUUAGUUCUACUCUAAAUUAGAUAGCAAGACGUAGUCUCGGAGCUCACAAUUCGCAUAGAAUUAGUUUUAAGCACUAGCGAUAGUAAAACAGUAGACCUGAAAUUCAACAUGGAGUCCCCUCCAGAUCCAGCGAGCGACACGGGCAACAGCGCCUCGGAGCCGGCUACCCCGGUCAGGGAAACCCCGGUAAACCUGGAGACGCUCCGGAAAGCGGACCAUCCAGCCCCGGUUCGAAGGCAGACUUGUUCAAGCACCAACAGAGGUAUCUCAGUAACAAAGAAGACACAUACCUCUCAAAUCGAAAUAAUUCCUUGCAAGAUCUGUGGAGACAAAUCAUCAGGCAUCCAUUACGGUGUGAUAACAUGUGAAGGCUGUAAGGGCUUCUUCAGGAGGAGUCAGCAGAGCAAUGCAGCCUACUCCUGCCCUCGCCAGAAGAACUGCCUGAUCGACCGUACCAGCCGCAACCGCUGCCAGCACUGCCGGCUUCAGAAGUGCCUGGCAGUGGGCAUGUCACGAGAUGCGGUGAAGUUUGGUCGCAUGUCAAAGAAACAGCGAGACAGCCUGUAUGCUGAGGUCCAGAAGCAUCGGCUGCAGCAGCAGCAGCGUGACCACCAACAGCAGCCCGGUGAGGCCGAGCCACUCACGCCCACCUACGGACUCUCAGCCAAUGGCCUCACAGAGCUCCAUGACGACCUCAGUGGCUACAUGGACGGUCACACCCCCGAUGGCAGCAAACCGGACUCAGCGGUCAGCAGCUUCUACCUGGACAUCCAGCCAUCCCCUGACCAGUCAGGCCUGGACAUCAACGGCAUCAAGCCGGAGCCCAUCUGCGAUUUUGCCCCCGGCUCUGGCUUCUUCCCUUACUGCUCCUUCACCAACGGAGAAACCUCCCCCACCGUGUCCAUGGCUGAACUAGAGCACCUGGCCCAGAACAUCUCUAAGUCCCACAUGGAGACAUGUCAGUACCUGAGGGAAGAGCUGCAGCAGAUGACCUGGCAGGCCUUCCUGCAGGAGGAGAUGGAGAGCUACCAGAACAAGCCCCGGGAAGUCAUGUGGCAGCUGUGUGCUAUCAAAAUAACAGAGGCCAUUCAGUAUGUGGUGGAGUUCGCCAAGCGCAUCGACGGCUUCAUGGAGCUGUGUCAGAACGAUCAGAUAGUGCUGCUGAAAGCAGGCUCUUUGGAAGUUGUGUUUGUCAGAAUGUGCCGUGCCUUUGACUCGCAAAACAACACAGUCUAUUUUGAUGGAAAGUAUGCCGGGCCUGAUGUGUUCAAGUCAUUAGGCUGUGACGACUUGAUCAGCUCCGUCUUCGAGUUUGGGAAAAACUUGUGUUCUAUGCACCUGUCUGAGGAUGAGAUCGCCCUGUUUUCCGCCUUUGUGUUGAUGUCUGCUGACCGGUCCUGGCUCCAGGAGAAGGUGAAGGUGGAAAAACUCCAGCAGAAGAUCCAACUGGCCCUCCAGCACGUUCUGCAGAAGAACCACAGAGAGGAUGGUAUACUUACAAAGUUGAUAUGCAAAGUGUCGACACUGCGAGCGCUGUGCAGUAGGCAUACAGAGAAGCUUACAGCUUUCAAAGCAAUAUACCCAGACAUUGUGCGUGCCCACUUCCCCCCCUUAUAUAAGGAGCUGUUUGGAUCAGACUUUGAGCAGUCCAUGCCCGUUGACGGGUAGCAGCCCUGCCAGGUGCCAGUGUGACCACCGUAGGGGAAUGUGGAGGAGGAAUCUGAGACACUUUAACGGUGCCCUGCACAAACCAGAACGGACGGAUGGCACGCUGUUCAACUUCUUCUUUUACCUUGGAGGGGAGGGUUUGGGGAUCUGAUUCUCGAGGUUUACUUUAUUGAAUUUAGUUCUCUUUGUUUGGAAGACAAAUGGCACUCGAUGCCCCAUGGGACACGAAGAGGAGAUAGGGACAAAUACUUUCUGUCCGGGUGAACUUGACCUUCUCAUGCACAUUUCCAGCGUGCAUCCCAUGACUCAUUACCAUUCAUUUUCCGCAAUAUUUAUCGCAUCACCAAAAAUAAUUAUUUAAAAAAAUAAUAUUUGUCACAUUUUUUGAAUUACAUUUUGUUUAGCCGAGCAUAUGACCUGCAAUCACAUGAACAAUUAAUCAAUAGAACUCUGGCAGCCUUUGGAGUCGAAGUAGCGCAAGACUUUUUUCAAGUAGAUAAUAAAUCCACACCAAUAUUUAUUUUCAGAUUACACUCCAAAAAAACUGUCAGCAUAUACAGAAUUUAACAAGUCAGACGACGCUCACACUCAUGUACCCACAAGCUAAAUUAAAUAGCUUGAAAAUGUGCACAUCUUGGUCAAGUUCAGCCCUUGUUUUCAUGUGUUCAGUUGUAUCUUUUGGACGCAGUGCUUGGAAUGAAAACUCACAGCGACUUUGAGGGAGGGUCCAUCGGCAUGGUGAUGCAAUCGGCACCUCUCUACGGACAAUCGUUUAAAAAAAGAAGCAUAGAAUUCUGGUAAUUCUAGUCAAAACGCAAUGAUUUUAGCUGUCAAAGACUCCAUCCACCGUUGUUGCAUAGUGAAAUCAUGUAAGGCCAUCUGCUAUUAAUCCUUCUCUGGACAGGUGCCCUGGAGAAGCACAGGGCACCAACACAAUGAAAAGGGUCCAUUCCACCUGUUUUAUAAUGUACUACAGGGUAUAUGGUCAUAAGUACUUACUAUACAGAAAAAAGUAAUGUUUAUAGAAUCUAUUUUAAAUAACAUGUAUGAUAUUAGUAGUUAGACCAUUCUUAAUUGUUGAAUUGAUAAGGCACUUUUAUUUGCACCUUUCUUUAAUUUAAGACUUGUAUAUUUACCUAGUGAUGUGUUGCAUGUGCACAAGAAAUACAAGUUGAACCAUGGUCACAGAGGCUAGUCCUGGGAGCUGCAGAUGAUACUGGUCUGGGAGUGGUGUUAGGGCGGUCUGUUAGGAUGGCUGGCACGGCUGGUCGUUGGUGAACACUGAGGCCUGGGUGAGAAGGCAGCUUAGAGUCACUUCAUCACCUGUUAGCCCAACAACCGCCAAUAUUGCACGUCUUAAAACUUUGCUCUGAAACUCCGUCUUUGUAAGCGCACACAUGCACAGCGCGCACUGUGUAGUGAUAUUGUCAAGAUCUUAUUCCUUUCUUAAUCGAUGUUAUUUAAACAGACCUGAGCUGAAUGGCAGUUGUUGUCACCUUCCUGAAAUAUUACAUGAGUAGCAUAUCAGAAAAAUUCAGAUAGUGUAUGGCACAUUGUCAGUAAAUAAUAUGCAUAUUAGUUGUCUUUCAUAUUCUGUGCUAUGAUUAUCUUUUUGGUCCUCAUUUUAUCGUUAGCUGUGACAAACCACACCUGUCAUGUCAGCAAGGCCAAAAGAAAUCAUAAAAAUGAUUUCCAAACGUUACCUGACCGAGGUCGUAGUCUAAACCGACCUUGAAUAGCCUUGCAGUUGGGGUUGGAUUGGACAGAUCAGACAUUUUGUGCAAUCCAAUCGUGCCAUCUAGUGGAAGGUAGAGAUACAGCAACCUAGUUAAUGGCUGCGCAACACAAAGAUGCAAGGUCUAACCUUAAGGGCACAUCUACAAACCUCCUUUAAAUCGUGUUGUCAGUGUUAUUGUUGAGUGAUUUUAACUGCCUUCUCACCACAGCCUCAGCCCAGCAACGCCACAACAGGACACAAAAGAAACAGUGAAGGGAAAGUGAAUAUUCAAAGCCUUGUCUGGUAGUAAAGCUUCUAUUUUUGUAACAUGUUUUGGUUAAUAAACUCAUGAAAGAGAACGAGGGAGAGAGAAAAAGAUGUCAGGUAGCACUUAACUAUAUUCCCGCAAUAAUUAGACUAGCUGUUGUUUGUAUGAUUAGGGGAGAAACAUAAAAAUGGUAGGACAAGUGCUAUUUUCAGAAUGCUUUGUUGUUGUGCUUCUGUUUUGUUGAGUGUGUCUUUCUUGUCAGUGUGGUAGUAAAGUGGUAGAAAAAACCCUGGAUGUGCCAAACAGUAGUCGUUGCUUCCGCUUUCCAGUCUACCUGUCUAUAAUGUAGAAUGGAUUGCUAAGACAUUCCAGCAAUCUCAGUAGCGGCUUCUAGAAAUAUCUUUUGAAGAAAAAAAAAAACACAGUGAUAUCCCUUUAGAAACCCAUCAAAGCAUGAUAACACAUCUGUCACCAACCUUAACAUAGAAUCCAGUCGUUUUCUUUGAUAUUUUUUUUUUUUUUUAUGUUUGCACACUAUCAUUCCUCUGCCGUGCAAUUUGUACAAGGCAUAAUGUCUUGUGCUGUCACCCCUCAGGGAAGAGUUUCUUUUGCGCUUUCUGUUUGAGAGGACAUUUGUUGUACUCUUAGUCCUCAUUAAGUUUAGUUCAUGUUUUCGUUCAGGGAUGUUCCAUGAGAACUAGUUGAGAUUAACAUUUGAAAUUCAUCACUGAGUUGUUCAGAGUUGUACAUUAUCAAUGUCCUAAAGGGGUCUUCAGCCACUGAAAGAUCACUACGCCCCUGUGGUCAAGUUCAAGAAAAUCACAUUUGUAUAAAAAAAAAAAACAAAAAACAAAAAAACAAACAAACAAAAAAAUCAGCAACACACAAAACUCAUUACUUUUUCGAAACACACCGUUUUAUCAAUACACAGCAUAUUCUUGUCACAAGAAAAAAAAAAUCUGUUUGGAUUCAAAUGGUGUCAUCAGGGUCAACUUUGAAAUAACCCUCUUUGUUAGAAAAACCAAAUAUUCUUAUGCAAUACUAGAUCUGUUGUGUUUGGGUUGUAGUAGAUAUGCUGUACCUAAGUAAUAAUCUCUGUUGUAAUCCAAUGCUAUUUGGAUAUGCACAAGCCCUCUAUGACUAGUAAACCUCAGUCUCCCAGCAAAAGAAACCCAGUCUGGAACACUGCUAGACAAUCCAGGUUGAGCGGCCCUGCGGCCCAGCAAGAGCAGAGAAGAGGAUGAGAUGUGAACGCUCAGGGAGGUAACAGGUAGACCGAAGAAGCAGCUCUCUUUCCUCUGGACAGUUGCGGAGCAUAUGAUGUGCUCUUUUUUCCGUGAAUUUACGAGCUCUUCAUAAUCUCUUGACAGUUCUCGAUUCAUAACAGGAGGCGGCUGAACUUUUCUGGCGUGGCGCACUGAACGUGCAGAGCAGCGCUUACUGUCUAAACAAUGGUUAAGGAAGGCAGACUCAGAGGGAGACUGGCUGAUUUCGUGUCAUUCACCUACAGGGAGUUGAUUUGUGUCUUGAAAAAUCAUUCAGUUGUCGUGUUUAGGAUGCUUCAUUAGGCUGUAACAUAAAUCAACUCAAGAUUUUGUGAUAAAUCAUAUCAAGUGAAGUCUACCACCCACGAGCAAAUGGGUUUCUCUCUUUCACACGCUGAAAAAAUCUGUUUCAUUCAAAUCGAAAGGUUGAGUUUUCUUGUAAUGUGCUCUACAAUAUAAGACAAGCAAUAGCCUUGUGUUACAAUUACGGGUCUCUGAAGAGUAGCCACUAUAGCGCAGUCGCCAUCCUUUUCAUUUGACUUUAUUCAUACAACUGAGUCUGCACCCAUGACUCUUUUUUUUUUUUUUUUUUUUUUUUUUUUUUUUUUUUUUUUUUACUCUCAGCCUAGAACAAUAAGUAAUAAAACCCCAUCACUCUGUGUUCAUCACAUUAUGUAUUUCUCAUGGUAUGGUUGCGAUAUUGGCAGGAUAGCAGCAGAUGAUCAUCAACAGACACAUGGAUACUUGUAUCUUUCUAUAAACUGCUCCUUUAGACAGGCCUGUAAAGAGAUGUCCUUCUGUAUAUUCUCACUUGAGAUAAUCCCACGUUUAGUAAGGGAUUGAUGCUAAGUGUGCUAUUCAAUCAAUGUAUAUACAGUGAAAUGUAUUGGUCCUUCUGUCUCUGCUCUGUUGUCUGUGUGUAAAAAGCAAUAGUGUGUGUGCGUGUAUGUGUUUGUUCUCACAGUGUCUGAAUAAAAUAAACCCCAGACAAGGCUUUAAUAAUUACAGAAGAACAGGGUUAUGUGGAUGAGGAGUCUAUAGGUCUUGAUUUUGUUUGGAUUAAAAAAAAAAAAAAGGUUUUGGAAAUGCUGAGCUUGAACCAUCCAUAAUAGGUGUAGGUUUUAAAAGCAUGACAUAAUGCCUUCAACAAUUCAUAGGUCUGGAGAAUACUGUGAAGCAACAUUGACUUAACUUUGCAGCGAAACACACACUUCUCUACUGUUUUGGACCGCUUGGCCACAGCCUAACCCGGAAGCCAAUUGUUCAUUCUGGACUGUAAAUUGUGAAGAUGAGUGUUCUUGGCCAUUAAUUGUGAAGAUUAGUGUUAUGUCACGCUUAAAAAGUUACAUGUACCGGAGUGUUGGUGUGUUACCCAGAAUUAUGAGUCAGUUUCAUCACAUUUUUAACAGAACUCAUUUUCCAAAGCACAGCUGAUAAGGAUUUAUGAUUAAAAAUACAUUUAAGAAUAUAGUUUAAAAAAAAAUGAAAAACAAACUUUUAGCCAUAAUCGAAUGUCAAGCAAUAAUAUAUGUCGUGUAUUUUUUUUUUUGAUUUUUUUUUUUUUUUUUUUUUUUUUGUGCAUAUAGGCUUUGAACAUCUGCAUGUAAAUACACCUCUUAUUUAUCACUUUUGGUUUGUUUUAUUUUGUGCUGAUUUCCUGGAUGUUUUUAUGUUUCAUCUGUAUAUUUGACCAGUUCUGUUCCCGGGUGGAGAACUAAGAACUUGACAUGGCCUGUAUGCUGAAUAUGUUAUUUUUCUCACUCUCUCUCUCUCUCUCUCUCUCUCUCUCCCUCUCUCUCUCCCUCAUUCUCGGCUGUUUAUCCACCAUAUUUAAUGUUAUUAUUGAUCACAUGUAUAAAGGUAGCUUUGUAACUUCUGUCUGUAUAGGUAAGAGGAAAAUACUGCUACUAAGGCCUACCCAGUGAAAAUAUUUAUCUGUUUAUCAAUUACAUCAUAUUGUACGAUAACUCUGUUUCUAGUUUGCUUCCCUCCUUUAGGAUUAGUUUGAUAGAAAUAGGGUGUGCCGACAUUUAUUUUGUGUUGCCCUGAUGUGUGGUGCUAGGUAAGUUAAUUUUGUGAACAAAGUAUUGAUUCCUAGGCCUGGCCACCCUAUUAGUCCAUUCAUUUCAUUGCAUAUUGAUGUAUUAUUGAUAUUAGGACUCAAUAAAUAAUAAUGAUAAUGAUUAUGAUAGUGGUAAAAUUACCCAGCCAGUACCUGUAUCAGUGUGCUAGUCUUGGGAUAAGGCGCUUAUUUCCUUCUGACUUAUAGCAAAGCUAGUAUCUGCUAAUUAACAGGCUAUUUAAGGUUGCUUUUCUGGUUUGCGGAAAAAUGAUAAUAUUCAAACUGAAACAGCAGUAUUGUUUUGUUUUUGGUUUUGUUUUUCUUUGUUCUGAUUGUAAAAAAAAAACCACUCACUGAGGCUAUAGUUUGUCAGGUUUUGAGAUACUAAAUAUUUACCUCUCGUGUCUGCAUAGUUCUUCACCUGAUGCAGGGAAGUGGUGCUUGGAUUAAACAGAGCCUCGGUAUGCAUUCUUUAUUCCCCGUUUAGACUUAUCCUGAAGCAGUGGUUUCUUCAGGCCAGUGGCAUAAACCCUUUGCACCACUUUAAGUGUUAUUAAAAAAAAAUGUACAUGAAAGGAUUGCCAUUUGAGGACAAAGUUGACCUUUUCUCUCCACUCUGUAGCAAAUAUCAGUCAGAAUAUGCUUGCAAUAAUACACAAUGUAUCACACUGAGUGCCUCUCGGUGUUACAAGAUGCAUACAUGGUUUGAUUGUCUUCUUUUCCUUUCUUUCUUUCUUUCUUCUUCUUUUUUUGUGUGUGUUUUUCCAAACAUGUACUUCAAUGAAAAUGUAUUUUGUACAUGAGGAUGAAUUCUCACUGUCACAUG